AGUACAGUACAACAACACGAAACAUGAUGUUGUGUGUGCGUGUAGAGUUGUGAUGGUGAAUUUAAUAGCUAAUUAAACUCAAUAUUUACGAGAUACAUGUGAUUGUUUUAUGUAAUACAGGACGAUUCGUCGCAGUCAUGGCAGUAGACAAACAUCUAGACAGUAUUGUUUGGUGCAAUGAUCCAUGGGACGAGCCGCCGAUCAGUGAGGAGGCGCGGCGUCUGCUCCGGGAGUGUUGUGACGCGCACCCGCCCGACUCGCCGGACCCGCCAUUAGACGCUGCCACCUACCUGCAGGAACUCAUCGACAACAGCAAGCGGUUUCCCAUUCCUUUCCCUGUUCAUACAGUCAGGUUAGAGAAGCUUAAAUUGAAAACUCCAGCGGAGAGGCUCGUAAGAAAUGCACAAUCGACGUAUCCUCUCAUGAACCAGCGGGUGUUGGUGCUCAUGGCUAACUUCCUCAUCUACAAACGGAUAUACGGUUCGAAUAUAGAAAAGGAAAUGUACAAAGAAAUGAGCAUUCCGCAGUUGAUCGAGAGAAUUCUGCAGAAGAGAGCCAUCACAUUUAUGAAAGCCCAGGAUCAAUACAAAUUGAUCACAGGAGAGAAAGGGGUCGACGGUUGGGAGAGCGUAGGCACCGAGUCGGAGCAGCCCCCUUUGGUGUUGUCGCAGUGCCUCAGCUACGACGAGAUGAAGCUGAGUGCGCUCGUGUACGUGAGCGGCUACACCGAGUGCAUCAACGACGGCGCGCGCCGCAACGCCGCCGCCCCCGCCCCCGCCGCCGCCGCCGCCGAGCGGGAGGCUGUCAUCAUAGGUGUGAUAGGUCCUAGAUUUAAGCGCGUGAACCGCAUGGGCUACGAAGACAUAGUGGUGACGAAAGACCAGAACAGAUCAGAGAACGGCUACGGAGAAAGUAACGACGCGUGCCCGCCCGCCCGGCGCGCCUGGAUAAAACUCUGGGCAGACUUCUAUCAACUCCCCAGUAUGACCCACGACGAGCUGUACGAUCGAGAGCAGCCUGUGCCGUGUACGAGCAGUAGAAUGUUCAGUACGCGGUGGGCGAGCGUGAAGGGUCUCGCGUUCGACAACACCGCGUACUACCGGCGCCUGCAGCUGAUACUCGACACUUGUCUAGUGGAGGCCAACCAUCGCGCGCGGGAGGCUGACAAGUUCGCCUUCCUAAAUAUCAUCGGCGCCGGUCUGGGCGUGUGGAAGUUGUCGCCGCAUCAGGUGGACGUGUUCGUGCUGGCGGCGCUGCUGCGCGCGCGCCACCUGCUGGGCGCGGGGGCACUCCCGCGCGUCGCCGACGUCAACCUCGCCUACAUAAAGCCCGGCAAACACGUCGCAGCCUUGUUUGAAUCGAGUGUACGCACCAGCAGUGGCAAUGAAGAUGGAGAUGUACCUCUAAAAUUAUUCUUGAAAAACAAGGAUCAUCCGAAAGGCGGAAUCAACGUUCAAUUACAGAAUCGAGAGCCGUCUUCUCAACUGCGCGGCGAACAUGAAGGAAAGCUCCUUGUAUUGACCUACCCUUGGGACGGCAACGCACAUCCUGGCAACGAAUUUUGGGUCGGCAAGCUGACGUCGUCGGGCGACCCGGCGGCGGCGUGCGCCACGCAGGUGGCCGAGCUGCACAACGCGCGCGUCAACCGCCGCGCCCUCCGCGCCCCGCGCACCGCCCUCGCCGCCCCCCGCGCCCCCCGCGCGCCCCGCCCCUGCACGCUGCCCGCGCACUACGCCGCGCUGCUGCGCGACCGCCACCAGUAGGCGGCCGAGAUAAUAAACGGAACUCGACG